UUAUUUGACACCGUUUUGACCGGAAGUGGAGGAAAGUUAUCUUGCUCUAUUCCUGAAGAUAAGAAACUUCCGGUGGGAAUCUACCCCAUCAAGUUGGUCGUCAAGUAAGUAUAACAGCUCCACCCAGAAUGCAACGCCACGCAACGCUCCUCCCGUUACGUGACGAAGCGUUGCGUGACGACCCUAAGAACGGCGGCGAAGGAGACGAGGGAGGUGGUCGUUUACGAGAUUCCAACCACAGGGGCUGUCUUCCGAGGACAGCUCCCGACACAUUUACUUUUCGGUAGAGAAUUUAUCUUAUGCAAUUUCUAAGUCGGUCCCGGCACUCGAGCUGAGGCCACUUCGGUUGGAGGGAAGUGCUAUCACCACUGGUACACUCUUGCUCCUCCCUAUGGUGUGUACUGACGGGGUGGCGGGGGAGGGUCUGGAGUAUAGAGAAGGGUUGAUUAAGGCUCUUCACGUUGCAUUUUGUUGUUUUUGCUUUCUAGAGGUGAUCACACGUGGGUAGAUAGUAACCUAGCCGUUUUGCCGCCUAAAACCGAAGCUGUUGUGUUCAGUAUCGACGGCUCAUUCACGGCCAGUGUCUCCAUUCGUGGUAAAGACCCAAAAGUUCGCGCUGGAGCUGUGGAUGUUGUCAGGUAA